CCACUGCGUUGGAUUUGCUAUUUGACAGAAACGGAGUCGUGAUCAUCCGGUGGAGCCGUGGGUGGAAAGCUUUCCCUGUUUACCUUCCACUUCGCCGAGAUCAUUGUCGUGUCAGCUUACCGAGUGGCUACACCGACCGACGCUACUCGCCUUUGCGGGGGUAAAAAAAAGAAGCAUUUGUGUGAAAGAAAAACGGCUCGGACGCCGGGGAUAUCCGUGUGUUUCUGCCGAGUAAGUAACCAAACAAGCGAAGCUAACAGCAGCGGGACGUGACUGGUGGGGGUGGAUUUUCCAGUAUUUCGCCCCGGGGGGAAGUGAAUAUAAAUAACGUCUCAUGGGUGCUUUGUGGAACAAUGGCACUCGCAGUGAGCCGAUCUAACGGCGGCGAGGAGCAGACGUGUCUGCGGAUGAGCAUCGGCUGAACGUGUGACGUUAACCGCAGUUCAGCUAAGCUAGUCGGUUGAGCUAAAUCGAUCAAGUUGACUAGCCUCUCGCUAACAAGGCGACAGAUGUAUUACAGGAACAAAGGUCGUCUCAAAAGUCUGAGUUGAUAUAUUUAAAGAGUCACAAAACGGGCAGGUGAUGGCAAUUUUUUAAAAGCUUUGAAAGUGAAAUAUCACGUGUGUGUGGGGUUUUUUUUAACCGUCACGCGAGCUAACGUCAGCUGGUUCGCCGCUAGCUUGUGAGUCGCAGCUUCUUGUAAACAAAGGGUCUCGAGCUCCACCUGUUCCCGUUGACCUUUUUGUAUUCACGGACAGUGUUGCCUCUCCCCCCUUUUUAAAAAAAAACUAAACCGUGAAGCUCAAACACACUCCGCAAUGGAUUUAAAGACGGCAGUAUUUAACGCAGCCAGGGACGGGAAGCUCCGCUUGCUUCAGAAACUAUUGGAGAACAAAGAUGGACACGAGGUGACUAAGCUGACGGGCGAGAAGACGAACGGCGCCACGCCGCUCCUGAUGGCCUCCCGGUACGGCCACCUGGACCUGGUGGAGUAUUUGCUGGAGUGCUGCAGCGCUCCCGUGGAGGUUGGCGGCUCGGUGAACUUUGACGGGGAGACCAUCGAGGGGGCGCCCCCUCUCUGGGCUGCCUCGGCGGCGGGCCACCUGAAGGUGGUCCAGUCCCUGCUGGGCCACGGGGCGUCCGUAAAUAGCACCACCCUCACUAACUCGACCCCCCUGAGAGCGGCCUGCUUCGACGGCCACCUGGACAUCGUGCGAUACCUGGUGGAGCACAAAGCGGACCUGGAGGUGGCCAACAGACACGGCCACACGUGUCUCAUGAUUUCCUGCUACAAGGGCCACAAGGAGAUCGCGCAGUACCUGCUGGAGAGGGGCGCGGAUGUCAACAGGAAAAGUGUCAAAGGCAACACGGCGCUUCAUGACUGUGCCGAGUCGGGCAGUCUGGAGAUCAUGCGGAUGCUGCUGCAGUUUGGAGCGUCCAUGGAGCAGGACGGCUAUGGCAUGACCCCACUGCUGUCCGCCAGCGUCACCGGCCACACAAACAUCGUAGACGACCUCACGACGCACCAGCAGACAAGCCACAAAGCGCGCAUAGACGCACUGGAGCUCUUAGGAGCCACGUUUGUCGACAAGAAGAGGGAUCUGCUCGGAGCGUUAAAAUACUGGAAGAGAGCCAUGGACCUCAGGUACAUGGACAGCAACCACGUCGUCCAUAAAGCAGAAGCCAAGCAGCUGAUCAUGGCAUACGACUACGCCAGAGAGGUAACAAACGGCGAAGAGCUGGACGGGCUGAUAUCCGACCCAGAUGAGAUGCGCAUGCAGGCACUGCUCAUCCGGGAGAGAAUCCUGGGCCCGCAGCACCCGGACACGUCGUACUACAUCCGUUACCGGGGGGCUGUCUACGCCGACUCUGGAAACUUUGAGCGCUGUAUCAAUUUGUGGAAGUAUGCCUUGGACAUGCAGCAAAGCAACCUGGACCCCCUCAGCCCCAUGACUGCCUCCAGCCUGCUGUCGUUCGCCGAGCUCUUCUCCUUCAUGCUGCAGGACCGAGCCAAAGGGCUCCUGGGGACGUCGGUGUCAUUCGAGGACUUGAUGGGGAUUCUUACCAAAAGCGUGCUGGAGAUUGAGCGUGCAGUCACACAGAAUGGGCCGAUGCCGCCGGACCCUGCGCAGCUCAGCAAGGCCCUGUCUAUCAUCCUGCACCUCAUUUGUCUUUUGGAGAAGGUGCCCUGUACUUCGGAGCAGGAGCACUUCAAAAAGGAAACCAUCUAUAAAUUCCUGAAGCUGCAGCCGUGCGGCAAAAACGGCUACAGUCCACUGCACCUGGCGGUCGACCGCAACACCACCUGUGUGGGCCGCUAUCCCGUCUGCAAGUUCCCCUCCCUCACCGUGGCCUCCAUCCUCCUCGAGUGUGGGGCCGAUGUGAACAGCCGCGAUGAAGAUGACAACAGCCCCCUUCACAUAGCCGCAUCCAACGGUCACCCGGACAUCAUGAACCUGCUGAUAUCGUGCGGGACUCACUUUGACUGCACCAACGCCUUCCAACAGACGGCCUGCGAUAUCCUGCACGAGAAGGAGCUGUCCAGGAACAUCAUCCAGCCCAUAAACCACACCACGCUGCAGUGCCUCGCCGCCAGGGCCAUCAUCAAGCACAGCCUCGCUUACCGGGGGAACAUCCCUGAGAAACUAGAAGCCUUUGUUUUGCUCCACAGAUAAUGAGUACAGGGUGAUGGCUUUUUGAAAAGAGUGCUAGUGUGUGUGUGUGUGUGUGGGGAGGGGGGGGGGGUCACAUGGAGUGGAUUGUACAGACCAAGGAGCAAUAUAGUUAGUUUUUAAGUGUUUUGACAAGCUGAAAGACACUAUUUUUCUUGAGGGGGAGAAUGAUGAGGUUUGCACACUAUUUGGAGUUGGAACUUGAAUAUUUUCGUGAACAAAAAUAUCCUCGUUCAAAUGGAAGGACGUGCAAACUGCUGGCAGAGUGAGUGGAGCAAUGGGUUUCCGUUUGCUGCCUGAUCUGUGUGGAUGUGUUUCUGAUGCAACAUGGACAAAUGCAGUUGUGUUUGGGUUUUUUUUUUUUGUUGCAUAUUCCACGAUUCUAUUUAUUGAAUGACACUUGAGAGAUUUUUCUCCAUGCUGGCUCCACCCCAGUCUCAACUUUGCCUGCGUCUCUCUUCUCAAAGCAAGCAUCGAGGCUCUUCUACAUAUGCUGGGACUUCAGGUUAUUUUUAUUUUUUUGUGGGGGGGUUGUCCCACCACUGUUGCCAACAGUUAUGGACCCUUCCGCAGUCACCACUAGGUUUAGUUUUCUGUUUCUUUUUGUACUUUUUACAAAACAUUCAGUCAUUGUCAUGCAACUCUGGAGAUCUGCCAAGUGGCGUGGGUUCUAGACUCCUUUCUGUGGUUCCCACUUUAGUGAAACACAAAGCUUUACGAGAGGGGGGGGGUCAAUAUCUGCGAACACCAUAAGUGCUUUAUUCUUCCUAUGCACAGGCUAAGCUGUUGGAAAGAGAGACUGUUGUAUUCUGUGCCGGCACUUGUCUGUGCAAUAUCUCAUGAGUUUUUGUGUUUACCUCAUUGCUGCCGUUUCCUCCAGUACACCCCCUUACUCCACCCGGAGAGGGGUGGGGCUGCAAAAACCAUUGUACUGAUUGUUGUAAGAGUGAAUGAAUAUGACUGAUUUUUGUGUGUAAGUACCACGCAGUGUGUUUCUUGUAUGCAGUGUUUUUUUUUUGGCUGGCUGGGGGGGGGGGGGGUUGUUUGAGCUUACACAAAUUGUUGAGUACAAGAGUUCGGGCCAAGUGGCCCUCAUGGAGAUUCCAAGAUGCACAUGACUGCCACUACAAACCACAGCGGCCAAUCUCGGUGUCUCCGACCGCUGGAGAGUGCAGGCUCGUACACGGAAGUGACCUCUUGACACUCAUCCAUGGCCGACAUUCAAAUGCUGUUCUUUUUUUAAAAAACCGUGAUCAAACAGGAAAAAAAAAGGUUACCAGCAAGUGGCCCACUGUGCGUGUGCAGCAGCACAUCAACCAACCAAUCACUGCAGACCAACCUUUUGACGAGGACUUCUAGACUACAGCUAGGAUCGUUCUUCUCCUUUUGUAAUGAACGAGAGGGGGGGGGGGCGCCUCGACGUACCGAAUAGUAAAGCUUUGUGAAUUAUCUUGUUUGCACAUUAGCUUUUAGAUGUGUGGGUUGCAAAAAGGGCUUUUCAUAAAUCAUAGGAUUUCAGUCUACUUAACCUGACCGUUCAAAACCUGACAUUAAAAAAAUGUACGAGGACUCCCAGGGCGACUUGAUUUUAAUCUGCACUUUAUGACAGCGGAGUUUAAGAUUUGAUAUGGCAUUAAUCAAGUACAUGUCUUAAUAACCAGUUUGACAAUAAACCCAUGUUGCACUUG